AUGUGUAGCUUGAUAGAUGAAGAAGCGUUGCUCCUUGCGGUAUUAUUGGAUGAUAAUAAAUGCAAUAAUAAAAAGCGAAGGAAAAAAAGGAAUGUUUGGGUACAUGAGAUUAAUAAAAAACGUAAAGAAGAAGGCGAAUUUCAUAAAUUAUACCCGGAACUUCGUAAAGAUGAAAAUCGAUUCUACACAUAUUUUAGAAUGAACUUUGAAUGUUUUGAUGAAAUACUAAUUCUUAUUAGAGACGAUAUUACAAAAGAGCAAACCAAAUAUAGGGAACUAAUUGGAGCCACAGAACGUUUAGCAGUCACAUUAAGAUUUUUAGGUACCGGCGAUUCAUACAAAACAAUUGGUCACAGCUUUCGAUUAGGAUUUUCAACAGUUGCGACUAUUGUUGAAGAAGUUUGCCAGGCAAUAUGGAAUAAAUUGCAGCCAAUUUAUAUGCCAGAGCCCACAAUGGAAUUAUGGGAAAAAUCAAUUUUGGGCUACAAAAACUUGUGGCAGUUUCCUAAUUGUUUGGGAAGCAUAGACGGCAAGCAUGUGACAAUCAAAUGUCCACAAAAGAGCGGAUCAAACUACUUUUCUUACUUAAAAAAAUUUUUAAUUGUUCUAAUGGCGAUUGUUGAUCCUGAGUAUAAAUUUACUUGUAUAGAUGUAGGAGGAUAUGGUAAAAAUAGUGACGGUGGUAUCUUCGAGGCAUCAGUUAUGGGUAGAAGAUUUGCAAAUGGCACUUUUAACAUUCCUCCAAGUAGACCUUUACCAGGUGAAGAUGCUGAAGUUCCGUGUGUUUUGAUAGGCGAUGAAGCCUUUACACUCAGUACUUAUUUAAUGCGACCGUUUCCCUAUAAACAAUCAAGACAUGACCAUAAUAAAGAAAAUUUUAACUAUCACUUGUGUAUAGCGCGUCGCGUUGUGGAGAACGCAUUUGGAAUACUGGCACACAAAUGGAGAUUGUUUUUUAGACCAUUAGAAGUGAAGGUGGAAACAGCUACAAAACUUGUCAAAGCGGCUUGCGUAUUACAUAACCUUUUACGGAUAAAAAAAAUUGAUCAACAAUUUGUAAACUUACAAGAAACUAUUGAUAGAUCAGUACGAGUGUUGAAUAACUUGCCGGUUGACGGAAGAAGAGCAAUAAACCUGGCCUUUAAUAUACGUGAAAAAUUUGUCACAUAUUUCAAUAACUUUUAA